GGAGCAGGUGCCACAAUGAAUAGGUUGUGGAGAACGCGCAGGGGAAGCGGCCACAGUUCCAGCAAGUGGGCAACACCAGGCAGGCCACGUGCCAUGAGUCUGCACCCUGGGAGGAGCCACAUCCUGACAGGCGCCGCCGCCCGCCCGCCCGCGCCCCCGCGCCUCGUCACCAUCAACGUGGGCGGCUGCCGCGUGCGCCUGGCCUGGGCCGCCCUGGCGCGCUGUCCGCUGGGCCGCCUCGCGCGCCUGCGCGCCUGCCGGGGCCGCGCCGAGCUGCUGCGCGUGUGCGACGACUACGACGCGGCCCGCGACGAGUUCUUCUUCGACCGCAGCGCCUGCGCCUUCCGCGCCAUCGUGGCGCUGCUGCGGGCCGGCACGCUGCGGCUGGGGCGCGGCCCGUGCGCGCUGGCCUUCCGCGACGAGCUGGCCUACUGGGGCGUGGACGAGGCGCGCCUCGAGCGCUGCUGCCGCCGCCGCCUGCGCCAGCAAGAGCAGGCGGCGGCGCGCGCGCGGGAGGGGGCGGGCGCGCGCACGCCGGACGGCCCGGGGGCGCGCGCGGCGGACGGCCCGGGGGCGCGCACGCCUGGCAGCCGGUGGCGCCUGCUCGACGUGGUGGACGACCCGCGCGCGGGCCCUGUCGGGAAGCUCUUCGCCUGCGUGUCCGUCGCGUUCGUGGCCGCCACAGCCGUUGGCCUCUGCCUGAGCACCAUGCCGGACAUGCGCGCCGAGGAGGAGCGGGGCGAGUGCUCCGCCAAGUGCCGCGGCCUGUUCGUGCUGGAGACGGUGUGCGUGGCGUGGUUCUCGCUGGAGCUCCUGCUGCGCUCGCUGCGGGCCGAGAGCACGUGCGCCUUCCUGCGGGCGCCGCUCAACGUCGUGGACGCGCUGGCGCUGCUGCCCUUCUACGCGUCGCUGCUGGCGGGCGCGCGGGCGCCGGGGCGCGCGGGGCUGGCGCUGCGGCUGCUGCGCGCGCUGUCCGUGCUGCGCCUGGCGCGCCACUCGCUGGGGCUGCGCUCGCUCGGGCUGACGGCGCGGCGCGCGGCGCGCGAGCUGGCGCAGCUGCUGCUCUUCCUGGGCGUGGGCGUGGCGCUCUUCGCGCCGCUCGUGCACCUGGCCGAGCGCGAGCUGGGCGCGCGCCGCGACUUCUCCAGCGUGCCGGCCAGCUACUGGUGGGCCGUCAUCUCCAUGACCACGGUGGGCUACGGCGACAUGGUGCCGCGCAGCCUGCCGGGCCAGGUGGUGGCGCUCAGCAGCAUCCUCAGCGGCAUCCUGCUCCUGGCCCUCCCGGUCACGUCCAUCUUCCACACCUUCUCGCGCUCCUACUCGGAGCUCAGGGAGCAGCAGCGCGAGGCCGCCGAGGGCCGCGCCGUGCGGCCGGCCUGAGCGCGCGGGACCCCCGCCCCCCGGGUUUCCGCCCGCCGU